AUGAGCGACAAGAGCGUAGAAGCCGGAGCGGACGCGGCCAUGACCGACGUGAACGGCGAUGGGUCGAUUGGCGCCCAGACCGCCAAGAUUGAGGCCAACGACGCCGAUCUGAAGCCCGACAGCAGUGAGGUUGGAGGCGCGCACAACGACACGGCUCAAACAGCGACCAAGUCCGACAAGAAAGACGACACAAAGCCCAGCGACAAGGAGGAGUCCGUGGAGGGCGGCGGGGACGACGCGGGAGAUGCGAUUUCGGCCGAAGAGGCGAAGCUCGAGGAAAAGGCUCGGGCGUAUCUGGCGGAACAAACACAACGGGUGGUGAUUCCGUCGUUUGCCACGUGGUUCGACCGCAACGGCAUCCACGACAUUGAACGCAAGUCGCUGCCGGAGUUUUUCUCGGGCGUGUCGCGCACAAAGUCGCCGGCCAUCUACACGCAGUACCGCAAUUUCAUGGUCGACACGUUCCGUCUGAACCCCGUCGAAUACCUGACCUUCACCGCCUGCCGACGCAACCUCGCCGGCGACGUCGGCACCCUGCUGCGGGUCCACUCGUUUCUGGAACAGUGGGGCCUGAUCAACUACCAGGUGGACCCCGACACCCGGCCGUCUCUGAUGGGCCCCCAGUUUACGGGCCACUUUAAGGUGAUGGUCGAUGGCCCCCGGGGACUCCAGCCUUUUGAACCUCCGGCAAAGAGCCUGCUCUCCGAGGGCCAGGAGGACCCCGAAAAGGGAACCGACGGCGACUCCACCUACGUUGCGACCUCGACUGAGCUUGACGACUCCACUCCCCCCUCAAUCAACAUGGAGAUUCGACGAAACAUCUACUCGUCGGCCGCCGACGCCGCGUCGCUGCAGGACGAAAAUACAAAGUCGCAGAACGUGCUCGCGUCCAAGGCGUACCACUGCCAGACCACCGGCGGUGACGUAUCGGUGGUGCGGUACCACAACCUGCGGUCCAAGCAGGCGGUGGCGCAACUCGCGUUCGAACAGGGCCUGUUCCCGGCCACCCAGCAGGCGUCUGACUUUGUGCGCAUCAAAAACUCGACGGCCCAGGGCCCCUGGACCGACGAGGAAACCCUCUUGCUUCUGGAAGGCGUGGAGAUGUUUGAGGACGACUGGGACAGCAUAAGCGACCAUGUCGGCACCCGUCAGCGUGACGCCUGCGUCAUCAAGUUCAUCCAGAUGCCCAUUGAAGACGCAUACCUGGUGAAGCGAGAAAAGGGCGUCAAGCGGGCCCAUUCCGACUCCAACAAGUCCACGGUGCUGGCAUCCGCCAUCAAAAAGGUUCUCAAGGAAGGAGACGGAGAGCUAAUGAGCAAGCGGGCGGAGGAGCUAGCUGGCCAGGCCGUCUCCGACGCCUCCACGCUCGUUUCGUCGCUGGCCGAAACCCAGAUAGCCAAAAUCGAGCUGAAAAUGUCCCGGUUCGACCAGCUGGAGGAAACGGUGCGGCUGGAGCGCCAAGAGAUUGAAAAGAUGCGGCAGCAGCUGUACCUGGACCGUUUGUCGUUGAAGAAGCAGGCCGACAGUGUGUUGGCCAAGCUCAAGGAGGCGACCCAGCUUGGGGGCGACGAGGCGGUGGCGGUGGCAGCAGAGGCGGCUCGAAUCGCCGCUCGCAACCCCAAGGUGAGCGUCGUUGAGGAGCGCGAUGAGGGCGAGGUGCGAGAGAAGAAGCCGGUGUCAUUGGGAGGACCUGAGUUGUUCAAGUUCUGGAGUGCCUAG